CUCCAUCCCACUUCAUUCUCAUUUCCAAUUUCCCAGUUACGCUUGAUUCGCUCUCUCAGAAAGUAAUCAUGCCUAAAGGUCGUCCUCCCGCCAGCCGCGCCGUCACGGUAUCGAAAGCACUGAGCCUGCUUCUCCGCCACGCCGCCGAAAAAGAAGGCCUCCCGAUAGAUGCGCAAGGCUACGCCAAUGUAUCUGAUGUGCUAGCAUGGCGCAAACUCAAAUCCCUCAAAGUGACCUUCCCGGAGAUCGUCGACGCCGUCGCAAACUCCGAUAAGAAGCGAUUCGCGCUGCUUUACACACCCUCCACAACCCAACCUACACCAACCGCUACAGAACCAAUUCCUACAUCUACAUCUACAGACCCCAGCACAGAAACCAACCCUGAAUCACAAGAAUCCACCGACACAACCACCACAACCACCGCCCUCGCCGCAACCACCACCGACCCCAAUCCCUCCCACUACCUCAUCCGCGCCACACAAGGCCACAGCAUCAAGACCGUCGAAGCAGCGCACCUGCUCGAGAAACUCUCCCUCUCGGACAAAGAUAAACUCCCGCGCACCGUCGUCCACGGCACAUUCCACUCCGCAUGGCCAGCCAUCUUCUCCUCCGGCGGACUCCGCUGCAUGGGCCGCAACCAGGUGCAUUUUGCGACGGGACCAGCAGUGGAGGAUGUGUUGGCGGGGAAUGCGGUGGCCGCGCCGGGACAGGUUAUUUCAGGGAUGAGGAGGGAUGCGCAGGUGUUGAUUUAUGUGGAUUUGGAGAAGGCCUUGAGUGCGGGAUGUCCGUUUUGGAGGAGUGAGAAUGGGGUGGUUCUUAGCGAGGGAGUUAGUGUGAAUAAGGAUGGGGAUGGGGAUGGGGAUGGGGAUGGGGGAGAAAAGGUAGUGCCGUUGGAGUUUGUGGACGUGGUGGUGGAGCGCAAGAUGGGCAAGAUUUGGGAACGCGGACAGGUGGUGCAGGAGUGGCCGUCGGAAUGGGCGCAGAAGGGAGGGAAGAAGAAGAAGGGGGGUCCGACGGGAAAUCAUCAUUCUUAAUUUCAUACGUAGUUAGUAUGUGCAUAUAAUGGUGGAUAAAUCGUAUGCAA